AAAAUGUACGCUCCUGCAGUAAGUUGACACCACAAUUGUAAAAACAGUUAUUGUGUAAAAUUUUGGAAAACUUUGAAUUAUUUUUUUUUUACAUUUCUUAACAUUCUCUCCAAAAAGUGUGUGAUGUCAAUACAUAUUGCGGCAGAAGCCCUACCUCCCCAACCCACGCCAGCACUCCCACCCCAACCGCCAGCCCCACAACCACAGCCGGCUCCUCAUCAACCAAGGCAACGGAGGCGUGCUAGGCCACCAAUUUUCAGAACCCGUGUCAGACUUUUUGGGAUGCCAGAUGAUGUGGUGGUGCGUAGAUACCGGCUGCCACCACAUCUAAUCCUAGACACUCUCUCCAUAAUAGAGAGUGAUCUGGAGUCUGAAAUUCGGUAUCCUACAGCAAUACCACCAUUGACACAAUUCCUUGCAGUGUUACAUUUUUUGGCCACAGGAUCAUUCCAGCAUGUGGUUGGAGACCUGGUUGGCAUGUCGCAGGGCCAGUUCAGUAAGGUCCUGCGACGUGUCUGCCAGGCUUUCCUCAAGCGUGUUAAGCAAUUUAUUGCUAUGCCUUUGGAUGUUGGUGCCCUAGAUGUGGUGAAGCGGCAAUUUGCGGAAGGUGGUAGUCGCUUCCCACAUGUUAUUGGGGUUGUGGAUGGCACACAUGUAGCUAUUCAGCCACCAAAACAUAAUGAAGAAAUUUAUAGAAACAGGAAACUGUUUCAUUCUCUGAAUGUAAUGGUUGUUUGUGGGCCAUCCCUCCAGAUCCUUUCCCUGAACGCAAAGUUUACUGGAAGUUCCCAUGAUGCGUAUGUCAUUAGACAAUCAGGGAUAUGGCAGAGAUUAAGAUCAAGUCAACGACCAGACAUGUGGUUAUUGGGAGACCGUGGAUAUCCUUGCACCCCCUGGCUCAUGACUCCUUACCGUAAUCCCAGGCCAGGACCACAGAUGGCAUUUAACUCCGCGCUUACUGCCACUAGGCAGCUGGUGGAGCGCACAAUUGGUGUCCUGAAAGGGCGGUUUCGUGUUCUCCACCGCACUGGUGGCGACAUCAUGUAUUCGCCGGAGAUGGCAAGUAAAAUAGUGGUCCUGUGCGCAAUACUCCAUAAUAUCGCGGUAAGGAGUAGUGUAGAGCUUCCUCAGGCAGAGGAAUUGCCUGAUGAGGAGCCAGGGGUUGUGCCACGCUUCGGUGGGGGGAGUGUGACACGGAGGGGGAGCCAAGUGAGGGCAAGAAUUGUAGCAGAAUAUUUCAGGUAUAGUGUUUAUAUAUUUUAUAUUUGCCCAAAUAAUACAACACAGUAUGCUUCUGUUUUAUAAACCAUGAUUUCAAUUUGUAUGAUCUUGUAAAGUGAUUGGGUACGGAUUUUGUGGUGUUGGAAUGUGUAAUUGUUUUUGGUUCAAAAUACAAAAACACGUUAAGCUUACAAUGUUUAUUUUGAAAUUUAAAUACUGUAAUGUUGCUAAAUAGUGUCCUUAUUUGUUUUAUAUCAUCAAAUCCUGAUUAUGUAACCAAACACACAAACAAAUGAUACUCAAUGUUUCACACUUUGUGACUGUCCAGCUGAAUGAUCACACGAACUGUGGUGAGUACACAGAUAUGUUUAGUAUUUGUAACUAAAGUCUGUGUCUCUGUGUGUGUUUUGUUUGCU